UGCUUUUCCAAAGAGUUUUCUUUCCUGCUCGGCUGGUUUCCGCUGGAAGCCAUGGGAAUGAACUUCGAGUCAAUCCGUCAUUUCCAGGCGCUCUCUAUUGCUUAGUUUUUAACUGAAUCUGCUUCUGUGUUUUUCGUUCUCUCUGCUGGAUUUGGAAUCGUGCUGAUUUUCUUCCGGGUUAGGGUUUGUUUUGCGAGCUGUGAUUUGGGUUUCUAGGGUUUAAAUGAAAAUUUAUUGUGCGAGGUUGGGGGAGUGGCAAGUGAUGGUUUACACUUGAUCUCUGAAAAUUCAGGUAAGUACUGUUGACAAGUUCACUUUACUGAUGCUCUUCCCCCUGGCUUCUGCAACUCUUUGCGAAGAUAUUUUGUCUUUUUGUUGGAAUAGGGUUGUUGUUGGUGUGAAAUGUAUGAACUGUAACGCUCGAAAGAUUGGAACUUUGGCGCCAUGCUAAACUGAAGCCGAAGUUCUUUUCUUAAGUUAUGGGUGUGUGUGGUUGUUCUUAUGAUUGAGUUUGAUUGGUACUUGCUAAUGUAUACGUUGCUUUCAUUGGAAAUGAACCUGUUAAGCAACAGAAGGCUGGUAGAAUAGUUUGGCAUUGAUUUUCACUGCAGAAGGUUUUGAGAAACAAGAUGCAGGAACCAUGACUGGAACUUUGCCUGGCCUUUCACAAAUGAAUUACCUCUACAAUUGAAUCCAUCGCGCAACAAGUUGAGUGCAGCUGCUUGCUUUGGACCGCUGGAAUGGUUGAUGGAGUUCAGAACUUGGCAGCCUGGAACUCGUUCAUUAAUUUAUAGGUGCAGGGGAAUCGAAAUAUAUUUUGGAGUGAUGGGAAUGCAUUUGCGAGUAUGCAAGUAGGUCUCAUCAAAGCAAACCUCCCCAUUUCUCCCCACUGUCAAAGCAAUAGUGCUCCUGUGGGGUGUCUACUUCCACAAAAAUGGAGCUUAAAGCCAGCUCCCAUUCCACAGCACAAAUGCCAGCUUCUGCGACUGCAAUUGGAUUCAACAAUCAAACCCCGUGGAUUUAAAUGGAGAAAAGGGGACCCACAAUCCCAAAACUGGAAGAGAAGAAAAACGAAACCAACCUUGGGCCAGCCACAAUUGAGCUUUCCAUUGGAGAGGACAUGAAGGCCAGGGGAAACAUCCUGGACGACGACAGCUUCCCCUUUCGGCCGGUUGGAGAUGUACACCAUAGUGUUCGACGAAAUGUCCGAGAGAAUCAAGUUGAACCCGUUGUAGUGGUGUGCCUCCUUCAGUAGUCCUUCCGCAAACUCCUUAGGACUCUUGGAACUCUGUCAAAACAAACAGGAUUCGAUCACUUUGUAUUUUUUCCCCUAGAUGGAUGACAAAAUGAUCAUUCACAUCUUGUAAAUGAGAAGGAUGAAACUCAUUUUCAAUCCAAUAUCCUUAAUGUAUAUUUUUGUACACACGAUUUUUCUCAACAUCUUCCCAAUACAUCGAGUUAUUGGUGUUAG